AUGAAGUUCUCAACCCUCAUCCCCGUGGCCAUGAGCCUCGGCCUCGCCAUUACCGCACCCAUCGAGCCCACGCUGGUGCCGUACGAAUCCGAUGUCACGACGGACGGCAACCCGACCACAAUGGAGACCACAAUGGAAACCACAGGAUCACCAAUGACGACCGGGGAUACCACUUCGCCAAUGACGACGGGAGAGACCAGCCCGAUGACGACUGGCGAGACCACACCGAUUACUACUGGCGAGACCACACCGCUGACCACUGGCGAGACCACGCCAAUCACCACGGGAGAAACCACACCAGUUACUACUGAGGAGACGGCGCCGGCUACCUAUGGAGGAACGACGCCGAUUACGACUGGAGAGACCACGCCUAUCACCACCGGAGAAACCACACCAAUUACCACUGGAGAAACGACGCCGAUUACCACUGGUGAGACGAAUCCAAUUAUGACUGGAGAGACCAGUCCAAUUACUACUGGGGAAACGAUGCCGACUACCUAUGGAGGAACGACUCCAAUUACGACUGGUGAGACGACUCCAAUUACCACUGGAGAGACCACUCCAAUUACCACUGGAGAAACGACCCCAAUCACUACUGGAGAGACCACAUCGCCGAUGACCACUGGAGGAACUGAGUCUUCGACCUUAUCAUCAUUGCCCCCAUCCACUACUGGGGAGAUGACAUCGCCUAUGACGACUGCAGACACCACCUCGCCUAUGACCACAGGGGAGACCACUUCGCCAAUGCCGACCGGAGAGACCACAUCACCCAUGCCGACGGGAGAAACGACCGCAAUGCCUACCGGAGAAACCACCAUGCCAGGCUACCCCACCACCACCCCAACCUACCCCUCACCCACCGGCGUCCCCUGCGCCGACAACGGCGCCCUCCUCUGCAACGGCCGCAAGGAGUUCGGGCUCUGCAGGAAGGGCCAGGUCGAGUUCCAGCCCGUGCCGAAAGGCACGAAGUGCAAGCACGGACAGCUCGUCGGGGCGAAGGGCAAUAAGAAGAUGGACCAGCCGGCGCCGAUGGAGACUUAUGCUACUGCGUAA